AUGGGGUGGGAUAUAGCUGGAUGGGUUGGUGGGUGGUUAGCGAUUGCUUUCCUUGCAUUUGUCAGAUUCAUUGAAAUCCACAAAUUAACUUACACAGCUACCAUCAUGGCAUUAAGUGGAAUAUUUAUUGUUUUAGUGACAGUAUUAUCAAGUCAAGUUGUUUACGGGUGUUUUGAGUCAUGCACUAUUGCAUUUAACCAAAAGAUGUCAGAAGCUGCUCGUUCAACAGAUCUUGAUGUAGUGGCUAAUACCAGCUGUUCUGCAGUCAAAGAAUAUUCUAAUUGCAUGAAGCAGUUAAUGGUGAAAUGUGAAACAAGUUCAAAACCUAUGUUGUUAUCGACCAUUCAAUCUGUCGAUCAAAACUAUAAUACGACUUGCAGAGAAAAUGCCUCAGAAAUAGUAGGUCGAGCAAUUGAAUGUACGAAUAAGGCAACUCAGUGCUACCAAACUUCGAAUAUAAGAGUGUUAAUGUCUCAAACUAAUAUUGAUCCAGUCGCCAUAUGCAGCGGUUUAGAUUAUUACACAAACUGUACCGAAGAGUUGAUGAUAUCAUCUGAUUGUAGCCAAUAUAUGGGAUUUGCUGCUACUAAAUUAGAAGCAACAAGAAAUCAUUUAGCUAAAAUGUGUGCUCCGGACGCGAGUGGGAGAGUUAAUGGACAAAAUGCCAUGUUAUGUUUUAACCAGACGUUGGACUGUUACGAUAAACACGGUGAUGUAGUUGAUACCGUGGAAGUCAAUAAAGAUAUAGAAAGGAUGUGCAAAGGUUUUGAAGAUUAUACAAGAUGUGUGACGGCUGUGAUAAAGGCUGACAAUUGCCAGCAAUAUGCCCCCCAAAUAGAAAGGGGAAUGCAGCAAACCAAUUAUCGACAUUCUGCAUUGUGUGGCCAAGAUAGUGGUAAAACAGCAAGCCGAUGUAUGAAAUUAUUUGAUGAAUGUCAUAGGCCAUUUAAUGCAUCAUUUAGUGUAGCAAGACAAUCACAAAAUUUUGUGGGACUAUGCGAAUCAGUCAAUGGUAUAGGUAAAUGCACUGCUAAAAUUCCAAGUGAAUGUCUUUACUAUCUGGGAAAAGCAUUAGCUGGUGUUGAACAAAUUCAAAGACAGUAUUCGUACAGAUGUGCUAAAGAAAAUCGGCAACAUUUUGCUUGUAAACCACUCGAGGAUUGUACCAAGAUGUAUAUGAGUAGUUUUAUUCAACAAAAAAUGUCAAGAACUGCCUCAAGCAUGUGCACGAAGACUGUUGAUACUUUAUUUCCUUGUGUAGAAAAUGCAUUAAAAACAUGCAAUAUAAGUGAAAAUGGAGUAACCGUUCAAAAGGUAGCAACAGUUGGUAAAGGUUAUUGUAGUCAAUUGACUGAAGAUAAAACAAUAAGAAAUUGUCGUGCAGUCAUGAUGUGUCAAAUGAAUGUUAAUUUUACCAUGAGUGAUCCUUUACAAAUGACAAAUGCCACAUUUUGGUGUGGUUAUGUUGGGUCAUCUGUUGAUUGUAUAAACGGUGUGAUAGAAAGAAACGGAUGUCCUAAUAUUUCACCAGAAAAGAAAACUAGCUUAUUAAAAGCAACGGAAGAUUUGAAAAGAAAUGUAGCCGAUACCUGCACAGUUCCAAAGAUUGAAACAGUUGUGGAAACUGAACUUCCUUCCGAUGACUUGAAUGAAACUAACGAGGGCAAAUCAAAAGACCAACGUAAAUCAAAAGACCAAGGUGGAAAGGCCAGCAGUCUUCAGUACGGGUUUAUCGUCAUGUUAUUGUCGUUAUUUUUUUCUUUCAAUUAUCAUUCAUAAUGUACCAGAACUAUUUCAAACCGAAACUAUUACUAAAUAAAAAGUGUUG